CUGUUGUACAACGGAUCCUGUCUUGUCGGACACAUGAAAUAUAGCGUGUGUAUGAUAGAACGCGAGGGUUUGUAUUUCUUUGGCAUGGGUACUUCGUAGUUUCCACUGUUUAUAAUGGAGAGCGAUGUAUUAGAUACUCUGGAUCAACUUGGAUAUGAGGGACCCCUUCUUGACGAGAAGGCUUUGUCGACGGCAUCCGAGGAAGGGUUGUCCUCAGCCGAGUAUGUCAACCUGUGUAUCUGGUUGAUGUCCCGACUAAAUCCUACCCUAGAUACAGAUGUAUCCCUAAUAUCACGUGGAGAUGGCUGUCACCUCGAAAUUGGUGCGCUGUUGAAAGAGAUGGCUUGCCCUUACCAUGCCAUUGUCGCUGCAUUGAUGGAAGGGAAGCUUAAUAAGAAGGAUUGCCUAAAGCUCAUACUGUAUUUGGCAUCUGAGCUGCAAGCAGCUCAAAUAGUACACAGCAAACCGGUCAAGUCUAAAGACCAUGAGCUGAAAGACACACCAACUGAGGACAUCCAAGCCAUCUGCAAAACGCUUCACAUUUCACUAGAAAACACAUCUGAAAAUGUCCUUUCCAUAAUAGAUGAAAAGAUAAAGUCUUUACUGAAAGAGGUCCCAAAAGAUCACAUUGGAGAACCAGUGUUCAAACAUUCCCUCAGCAAUGAACAGUGGAUGAAAUUGGAGAAAAUCAACGUGCUUCUUUCCUCUGAGUAUCAGUGUCGUCGGAGAAUGCUGAUCAAACGGCUUGAUGUCACAGUGCAGUCUUUUGGCUGGUCUGACAGAGCAAAGGAAAAAGUUGACUGUAUGGCAAGAGCCUAUCAGCCAAAAAGACACUCUUUACAUCUGAAGUCCUCGGUCAGUCUGGCUCAUCUUCUUGCCGCCAGGGAGGACCUCUGCAAUGUGGUGAAGACCAGCGGUGGCUCGACACGCGACAAUACAUCAUGUGCUGUUAACAAGAUCCUGAUGGGCAGAGUGCCUGAUCGUGGUGGGCGUCCCUAUGAGCUUGACCGCCCGCCGCCUGAGAUGCCUCCCUGGAAGAAGAGGCAGGAUGGGGGAGGUGGGAGAGGCGGUGGCUAUGGAGGAGGGGGUGGUGGAUGGGGCGGCGGCCAUGGUGGGGGUGGAGGAGGAGGAGGAGGAGGAGGAUGGGGUGGAGGAGGUAAGAGGGGGGGUAAAAGUAGUUGGAGCUAUGGGGGAGGUGGAGGAAAGGGUUACCAGGGUAAGGGAGGGUAUUAGUUUUAUAUUUAAGUGCACUAAAAAAAAAAAAA